AGCGGCGAAUGAAAAAAAGGAGAAAAGCAGCCAUCAACCACGCACCCCGCCGGAAAAGGUUUGGACGAAGAAAAAGGAAAAGUUUUGGAGCGCUUUGGUGUGGCAGGGAAUCGUUCCGGAAUCGCUGGCCACCUUCUCUAAACUCUAGUGCAAAAGGUCACGAUGGCGGGCAGAAGAGUACCGGCGAACGAGGAUCUCUCGAAUGUGGAGUUCGAGACGAGCGAAGAUGUCGAGGUGCUGCCGACGUUCAACUCCAUGGGCCUCCGGGAAGAGCUGCUGCGGGGUAUUUACGCGUACGGCUUCGAGAAACCUUCCGCUAUCCAGCAGCGCAGCAUUCAGCCCAUCGUAAAAGGGCGCGAUGUCAUCGCCCAGGCACAGUCCGGUACGGGUAAGACGGCGACCUUCUCCAUCUCGAUUCUACAGUCGAUGGACACGACACUGCGCGAAACGCAGGUACUCUGCCUGUCGCCGACCCGCGAGUUGGCGGUCCAGAUCCAGAAGGUCAUACUUGCGUUGGGCGAUUUCAUGAACAUUCAGUGUCACGCGUGCAUCGGUGGCACGAAUCUCGGCGAGGACAUUCGCAAGCUGGAUUACGGACAGCACGUCGUCAGUGGUACGCCGGGCCGUGUGUUCGACAUGAUUAAGCGGCGUGUUCUGCGCACACGCUCCAUCAAGAUGCUGGUGCUGGACGAGGCCGACGAGAUGCUAAACAAGGGCUUCAAGGAGCAAAUCUACGAUGUAUACCGCUACCUUCCACCGGCCACUCAGGUCGUGCUGAUUUCGGCUACCCUGCCUCACGAGAUUCUGGAAAUGACCUCCAAGUUUAUGACGGAUCCGAUCCGCAUCCUCGUCAAGCGCGAUGAACUGACGCUCGAAGGUAUCAAGCAGUUUUUCGUGGCCGUCGAGCGCGAGGAGUGGAAGUUCGAUACGCUGUGCGACCUGUACGACACGCUGACCAUCACCCAGGCGGUUAUCUUCUGCAACACCAAGCGCAAGGUGGAUUGGCUGACGGAGAAGAUGCGCGAGGCCAACUUCACCGUUAGCUCGAUGCAUGGCGAUAUGCCACAGAAGGAGCGUGACGAGAUCAUGAAGGAGUUCCGAUCGGGACAGAGCCGUGUGCUGAUCACGACCGACGUUUGGGCGCGCGGUAUCGAUGUCCAGCAGGUGUCGCUGGUCAUCAACUACGAUCUGCCGAACAACCGUGAGCUGUACAUUCAUCGCAUCGGUCGGUCAGGCCGAUUCGGGCGCAAGGGUGUGGCCAUCAAUUUCGUCAAAUCGGACGACAUCAGAAUUCUGCGCGACAUUGAACAGUACUACUCCACCCAGAUCGAUGAGAUGCCCAUGAAUGUGGCAGAUUUAAUUUAAGUCAUUUCAACCGAUCCUCUCUACUUGAGGGGUUUGUCAUCAUGGAAAAUCCCAAUUUCUAUCGUUCAUUCACGAGGGAUUGAAAUUAUGUGGUGUAGCGAGGUAUUUACUCUUCGUAAGAAUAAUGAAUUAUGCUUACAACUCACCUGUAAUCAUAGAUUCUACGCUGCUGUAUCUAUGCAACUUUCACGAUUUAACGACUCUUGAAAUAUAACUAAAACUAUGGAUUGUAA